AUCCCAUUUCUUUUCAUCUUCUCCUUUCUCAGCCGCCGAAACCCUAACGCCGGCGUCGCAAACGCCUGCCGCCAUUCAUCCUCUCCCGACGGAUUCGUCUCUUUCGAAGGUUAAACAGAAUCUAUGUUUACCAACAAUAAGAGGCAAGAAGAACGUACUGGUAAAUAUGGAACUCCUAGGCUUCAAUAUCUUCAGGAUUUGGUGACACAGUUUCAGAGCGAUAGUACUAAUGAAGAAUCAAAGGAGAGACUUGCAGCAAACUUGGCGAACUUCGCAUACGAUCCUUAUAAUUAUGCUUUUCUGCGGCAGCUUAAUGUAUUGGAACUUUUCCUAGACUGCAUAACAGAACCAAAUGAAAAGAUUGUUGAAUUUGGCAUUGGAGGAAUCUGCAAUUCUUGUGCUGACCCUGAAAAUGCAGCUGUUGUUGCUCGUUGUGACGGUAUCCCACUUGUCGUCCAAUGUUUAUCCAGCCCUGUUAGAAACACUGUAAAUUAUGCGAUAGUAGCUCUUUACUUUCUCUGCAAUGAAUCCAACAAAGGAGAGAUUCUGAAGCCCGAGGUGGUGGAUGUGAUCCAAAGAUAUGCUGCAGCCGGUGAAGUCAGUGUAAGCUUUAGUAAUCUAGCUCAAGCAUUUCUCGAUAAGCAUGUCUCUGUAGAUAAAUAAUGCAAUUUCUUUCUGAAAAAGGGACAAAAAGAUACCAAAGUCUAUUCAAUUCUCACUAAAAACGUACCAAGGUAUCUUUCUUGGUUUCAAAAAAAAAAAAUGAAUAGAACGGGCAAUACUUAGUGGAUGUUAUAGUUAAAUAUAGGCAUCAUUACAUUACCAUAAAUGUAAGAAAUAACCAUAUUAAAAAAACUUAUUUAAUAUACAACUUUUAAGGUAAUCAAGUGUUACAAAUAAAACAACAAUACUUGCUUUUCUUCUAA